CGCGCGGAGCAGGGGAAGCGCGCGGAGCCCUGGGCCCCGGGCUGCGCCGGCCGCUUGCGCUCCGGACGGGCCGCAGGGAAGGGGGACGCGGCGCCAUGGGGUGUUUUGAGUGCUGUAUUAAAUGCCUGGGAGGCAUUCCCUAUGCUUCUCUGAUUGCCACCAUCCUGCUCUACGCUGGAGUUGCCCUAUUCUGCGGCUGUGGUCAUGAAGCUCUUUCUGGAACUGUUAACAUCCUGCAAACCUACUUUGAGAUGGCCAGAACUGCAGGAGAUACGCUGGACGUCUUUACCAUGAUUGACAUCUUCAAGUAUGUGAUCUAUGGCGUUGCAGCUGCCUUCUUUGUGUACGGCAUUCUGCUGAUGGUGGAAGGUUUCUUCACGACUGGGGCCAUCAAGGAUCUCUAUGGGGAUUUCAAAAUCACCACGUGUGGCAGAUGCGUGAGUGCGUGGUUCAUUAUGCUGACCUACCUUUUCAUGCUGGCCUGGCUGGGAGUCACGGCUUUCACCUCGCUGCCAGUCUACAUGUACUUCAACCUGUGGACCAUCUGCCGAAACACCACCUUAGUGGAGGGAGCGAAUCUCUGCCUGGACCUGCGUCAGUUUGGGAUUGUGACAAUUGGAGAGGAAAAGAAAAUUUGCACUGUCUCUGAGAAUUUCCUGAGGAUGUGUGAAUCCACCGAGCUGAACAUGACCUUCCACUUGUUCAUCGUGGCCCUUGCUGGAGCUGGGGCUGCAGUCAUCGCUAUGGUCCACUACCUUAUGGUUCUGUCUGCCAACUGGGCUUAUGUGAAAGAUGCCUGCCGGAUGCAGAAGUAUGAGGACAUCAAGUCGAAGGAGGAGCAGGAGCUUCAUGAUAUCCACUCUACUCGCUCCAAAGAGCGGCUCAAUGCAUACACAUAAACAACACCUUCCCGUCCUUUCUACCGUUCAAAUGCAUUGGUGAUUAUCUAAGGGCCAUCCAACCAUCCAACCUUUUGAAAAAGAAAAUGAAAGUGCUUCUCAUCAAUGAUAUGGAGGGUGACUUAUGAAUCACCUGAAUACAAUUCUUUGUUGUUUAGCACUUAAUUUCCUAAUUUGUUAAAUUGGUGUAAUCAGAGCUCUCCUACAAGCUCCUAUCCAGCCUUUUUUUUUCUUUUUUAAAUUUCUCAAACUCAUCUAAUAAUUCUGUAAGAUCAAAGAGACUAACAUUGUCAAAUGCAGAGAUUUCUUUGAUUUUUAACCACUUCCAUGUGUUAUACAUUAUACCUUUUGCAUUAUUUCUUAUGUUUUGAAAAGAAAAAUAGCUUUUUAUACUUUUUAGUUUUGAUUUCGGUAACUAGUUUAACUACAGGUAACCUUCAAAGGGACCAUUGUACAUUAUAAACAAUAGACAGAGAUGAUAUCAUGAUGACCCGAAACAUGAAAAUUUUGUCUGAAGAUCAGUGGCCACAUUGCUAUAGGCCCUGGUUAAUGUUUUCAUCAAUCUAAGGUGCAAUUUCUAAAUUUGUAAGAGUAGGUUUUAAAAAAAAAAGUGCUUCUUAUCUUUGUUAACGUUGUAUUUUUUCUUGAUGUACUUAAAAGGCAUUACUCUCUGAUUACUCAUGUUUCUGUUGUGAGCAUGUAGAAACAAUGAUGCUUAUGCAUGGCUACUUACCUUUUUAAGAUUGUGACACCAGGCUUACCUUUUAAAGUUUAGUAUAGAGACAAUUUUAACGGAAAUAACUACUGUGGACUAUUGGCAAAUGAUCUCUUUGUGAUUUAAGCAGUGGCUGGAUUGGAACUUUUAAUAUGUUAAUGUGGGACAUUAAUUACCUUUAUGAAGGUGGUGUAUCAAAAAUAAGCACACUAACCCCUCUGAAGUUGUUUUACCUACUUUAAAAAAUUUUAAUGGAUUGCACCUCUGUAAACUAUCCCUCAAAUUGUGUAUGAUAUAUUUGAAAAGGUUUCCAUUAAUAUAAUAGCUUUGCUUGCAGCCUUCCAAUCUAUGCCGGUUUACCUGUAGUGUUUUUUAAAGUGUGGUCAGAGGCCACUAUACAAUGUAUCCUUUUGAAGUGUAGUGAUAUAUUUGUGUUUUUAUUUCCAGUAAGUCAUUUUAACCAAAUGUUCAUUCGUAUUCAUUUAUAAGACAUACCUAUAUCAAAAGAAUUUAAAAAAAGCAAUCAGUAUUAUUGGACCAAAUUUGGUGUUUGUUUUAACCUUAACUCUUCUUUCGGUUAUUUCUAAUGCUACAAGAAUGCUGUAAAGUGUCUUUUAAAAUGAUAUAGCCUGACGAGACUUUUCUGUCAGUGUAAAAACUAGGUAGUAUUGUGCACUGAUUUGACCAUUGUGAAAUCCUUUCUCAGUGUAAGUGCAUUUCUAAUAAAAUUUAUUGAGUGAAA